UUGGGAACAACGCAAAUGUCUUAUGGAAAUUGCUACUGUGGAAUUCCAGCAAAGAUAAUGACUUCAUGGACAAAUGACAAUCCAGGGAGACGAUUCAUUGUCUGCUCAAGGGGUACAGGUGCCUGUUGCAACAUGUUCGAAUGGCUUGAUGAAGAAAUCUGUUUUAGGUCCAAGUUGAUUAUUCCUGAUUUGUUGAGGAAAAUAAACAAAUUGGAAACUGAGCUUGUUGAGGAGAAGGCAAAGGAAAAAGGCAUGCCUAAAAACCAGAAAAUUUGGAGUGUCUUGUGGUGCAUUCUUGCAGGAUUACUGCUGGUUGUGAUAUGGCUUGUUGUGAAUGAUAGUGGAAGCAAGAAGAAGGUAGCUUGGAAGAUGUGUGAUGCUG